UCGGCUACCUCUUACUUUUACUUAUAGUACCCCUUUUUUCAUUUUUUUUUCUUUCUCUCUCUCUCUUUCUCUCUCUAUCUCUCUCUCUUGCCCUCUCUGUCUCUCUCCUCUGUCUGUAUACCUUUCCCAUAUACACGUGCACUCUCACUCGAUCUUUCCUUCUCUCCGUCUGUCUUGGUGCGUUCGCCCCGCCGUUCGCUAGCUCGCUCGUUCGUUCAUUUGUUUCGCGCCUCGUCGACCAAGUCGCGUCACGAAACUGUACAUAGGUCACGUCCCGGAGAAACGGCUCACCCAGUGAACAGUUGUACGGAUCAAUCUCUUUGCGUCCGACUGGAGGCCCAGUGUUGAUCGCGAUCGGUCGAAAGGAAGACAGAGAUGAUCGCGAGUGACCGGUGACGAUUUCAAAUUGUCGAGUAGUAUUCGCAGAGAAAGUAUAUAUCGAUAUUGUUAAGGGAGUGCCGAUAUAUAAACCGGAUAGUACUUACUCGUAUACGUCGAGGACAAUUUUGUUCUUGACACCAGCUGUUUCACGGAAGCAGAGGCGAGUAGAACGAGGGAGAAAGAACAGUGUCUAGUGCAGACAUGUGGCUUAGAGGCGUGCUUUUAAUAUAUGGCGUCGUUGCGUGCACGUUAGCUGACAGUCCUUCGGAUGUCGUGCAGAUAUCCGGUGACAAUUUGAAUCGAGUAAAACAUGUUGCGGUAACAACGUAUCAGCCUCCCCGAUCCGUUAAAAUUGAAGAAUUUGUAACAUCACACAAAUUGCCGGGAAAUAUAGCAAGACCAUCGGAUGAUGAUGAUGAUGAAUACUUUGACGAGAAAAAAGUCGCAUUUAAAGACAAUAAGUAUAUUAAGAAAGUCAUUCCAAAAUUUGAGAACAAUGAAAAAAAAGUUACACUCGAACCUGUCCGACGUUUAGACUCGACUGUGGAUGAUGAUUCUGAUAUCACCGCUAGAAGGCAAGCACGAGUGGAGCUCGAAAAUUUUAGCGACGCAGGAAAGGUUUUGCAGGACGAAAAUAAAAAAGUUGACUCUAAAAGACCAUCGUCAAGCAAGCAGGACGAAGUUAUUCCAGGAGUUUACGUCAGCGCAGAAUAUCCAACGACUAUGCUACCCGUUUUGACAACUCCGCGUGAACUACAUGAUAAAGACAGUCCUUUCGACUUUGUUCCUGUAAAUAUUAUUCGCGAAGACAGCAAAGAUGGUUACGCGCGUUUUUCGGAAGCAAAUUUCGGAGAUUUGAGUGACGUCAGUCUAGUACCGGCUGGUACAAAUUCUCGUAUUCAGGUGAAGAAAGGACCGAAUGGCAAAGAUUAUGAAUACGAAUAUGUAUAUUACUAUUACGACGAGGAAGAUGAAAAUAAAGCAGGUACGGCAAGUUCGGCUGUGACGAAUUCUUACGACACUCUUUCUAGAACAACCUCCGCGCCUAGGAGAGGAGGCAUUGUCAGCAACAGGAGUAAAUACAAUACCGUAGAGAGAUCGAGUACCGUGGAGCCCAGCAACAACGAGGUCAUACCAAACAGAAAUGGCAACAGAGGUAGACAAUUGGUUGAGAGCGAAGACGUUGUCUCCGAGGAAAGGCUGCCUGCAAACACACGUUUUCCACCAAGGUCGCGAUCUAACCAUAACACAGGCACAACAGAAUCCUCGCGAGCCCGUAAUAAUCGACCGCGACCAGGUCUGGAUCUGGUUGAUUCCAGCAGCUUCCGAACUCAUCAGGAGGGUCCUGAAUUUCCACAAACUUUGCCAAAGGGGCCCGUUAGAUUCUUGGGCGUUACCCCUAAUGAGGAUAACGAUGAGAAACUAUUAAUUAGAAAUCGUGGUAGACCACACAGGAUUCAAGAGCCCGCUCCUGUCGAAGAAACGAUUGACGAUACACCGGCACCUGCUAUUAAAAGACGUCCGAGCAACACUGCAGCAAUAUCUGAAACCGAAGUUGAACUGACCAGAGGUCAACCGCCACGUCCCAACGAGGAAGACGACAAAGAGAGUGUCGCCCUGGAGAGAUCCGACAACAAACACUCUGUAGAAGACAAAACGUCGAGCGAAACGAACUAUGCCGGUACUGUCAGUGACACUACGGAUAAUCCAACGACGGAAUAUUCGUCGAUCAUGGACAAGGUUGCUUUGGAUCUUUACGCCUUCCUGCAACAGGGACAAAACAACUUGAUAGACGCGUCUAAUGAGACUGGCGAAACGCAAGACAACACGACGACAUCCGACGACGAGAUCACAACCGAUUUAGCGACCACGACGGAACUUACUGUUACUACAAUCGAUUCUAUUAAUACCCCAACGACAACAACUACGACAACGACGACGGAACCGACAACCACAACGACGACGACGACCACAGAAGCAUCGACUACUACUACUCAAAUUCCCGCAGGAAGAGGGAAGUUCCGACGACCUGGAAUCGGUGGCCCGGUUGCCUCGAGAAAUCGCUUCAAAUCCAACGGUGGCAUUAGCACGAGCACCGAAGCUACCGCAUCAGAACCGACCCAGAAAGUCAGAGGACGUUUCGGAGGUGGUAGUUCUAAUGGUAAUGGAUUCAAGCGACCUCGACCAGGCUCCAAACCAAUCGAAGAGGACACCAUACAGAAGGAGAGCUCCAGCUCAGUGAACGCGGAGAAACCAGUAUCCGGUCGCGGCAGGUUCCGUGCACCUUCCGGUGGCAAAACCGCUAUAUCAUCGACGACAUCAGCACCGUCGACGAACAGCGGCUCUUCAGCGACGUCCAACGGUGCCGGUGCGGCUCGACCAACCUUCAGCAAGUUGAACAUCAAUCGAAGACGCGGACGACCGACUACGAGCUCGCCAGGAGACGAGGAGUCCCAAGAGUCGCCGCAUCCCGACGUCAGUGCUCAGGUCGUUGGCCAAACUGCGUCGGAAGUUACGAUAGGGACCCCGAAGAGUGUUGUGCGCACGCGACUUCCUGGUGCGCCUGUGAUCAGACCUUCGGUCAUCAAGCCAGUUGGCAGAGUCAAUUUAAGACAGAAACCGGGACAGGCGACUUCGACGACGUUUGCGCCGGAAGUUGCAGAAGCUGCAGUCGAUGAACCAGCCGGAGAGGGAACCGAGGAGGAGACACACGAGGCACCAGCGGAAACCAGUCUGUCACCAGCUCGCUCGACCACACCGAAUCCCCUGAACAAAUUGCGGACCCGUAAUCGGCUACAAGUGCAUCCGAAAACAACGACAAAGUCGCCGUUGCCGCCAGCGAUCAGAAGAUCGCCAUUGCUACCGCGACGCAAAGUAACCGAGGCAACGCCGGCAACUCAGACGAGCCAGGAGGAUGCAUCCCUCGAAGAAGAAGUCACUUCCUUCGGUGAGACCGAGCCGACCUCCGAGGCGACGUCCGUCGAGGCUAGCACGACGGCUAGCACGAAACAGGACGGUUUAAACGGUCUCUUGGCACCUCGACGCAGGAUACCGGUGCGACGUCCGGGUCAGAUCUAGACCUAAGUCGCAUGAAAAUAAAAAGCAAUUGCGUGGACCACGCAAAAUGUAUUCGUCCGCGAGGAUUUGGAAACGUUUCCCAUGACCUAUCAAGAAGAAUUUAGAUUAGAUAUGAAGACAUACCGAAUAUCAUACUCUCGGAGAGACAGAUUCAAUUUUUUAUAACAUUAUUAUUUCCGACAUAUUUUCUCUAAUCAAUAAAAUGGACAUCCUGCGCGUUAAAACAAAAAAAGCAGAUGUAUAUAGCUUUUAUAAUCGCUUACACAACAGUGUCUUUUAAAGAAUUAAAUUUAUAUAUAAUUUUUUAUCGCGUUUGAAUAAAUACAAUGUCUAUCACGAUAUAAUUAAGAAUACGUGAUGAUAUGAUAGCAUAUAGCAAUGAUGAUAUAUUGCGUGUUAAUAGUGAUCUGAAAUAUGAAGAUAUUAGAUAGAUAUCGUCAAAAUAUCAUUAAAAUAUUCUCCAAACAUUUUUAUAA